UUUUCACAAUUCCUGAAGUCCUGGACCUCAAAGCCACAAAAAUCUUUCACGAGCAACGAAACAAUGGCCAGCCACAACAACGACAGUUGCAACCCCAUUGGAAAUGAGGCCACGCCCCUGGUUGGUUGUCUCUUUGGAUCUGGUGGAGAUGUUUCUCUUUCCUCUACUGGUGGUACGGGUACAGGAAACAGAUCACCUGCGGAGCUUCGAUCUGCUCUCAGUUCCAUCUUGAAUGAGGCAAUGGAACUGAUUGAUAUCACCUUGUUUGACGAUGAAGAAGACAAUCAGGAUGACACAUUUGCUGGCAUGCAUGUCCCAUCACUGAGCAAGCCCCCUACCGGUACCAACAGCGGUGCUGCCCCUGGAAAGCAACAAGGACCACCGAGUCAGUAAGGCUACCGUAUGACCGUAUGUCGUAUGUCAACGAAGCCAUGCAUGGCAUUAGCUAGACCACUAUUACCGCCACAGUCCAAAUCAACACUUCCAGUUUUCCAGUCCAACCAACACACUGAAUAUGUCAUCCCGGUCCUCACAGGCAGCCAGCCAACCCAUCCUCACCAUGAAUAUAGCAACCAUCUCAACGCUCCUCGGUACCGGUACAAGGUACAAGGCAACCAUCUCUCCCAAUACCAGUUCUGCAUUUUUUGAUGUACAUUCAUAGUCGAGAAAUAAAGAGUACUAACGAUGGAAUAUUCAACCCAACUGUACCUUCAAACAGUCAGGCUGGGCCUUUACCGUUACCUAGCAAAUAAAACC